AUGAAACUUGGAUGGGACUUGAAGACCGGCCUCGAUCGGCAGUUAUCUGCUUGGAAGAGUCUAGAUGACCGGGCUCCCGGAGAUUUCACUUGGGAGAUGGCCAACCGUAAUUUCCCUGACGUUGUAGCAUGGAAGGGCUCCGACAAGUACUUUAGGAGUGGACCAUGGAAUGGCCUUCGUUUCAGUGGCGCACCACAGCAUGGGUCCAAUUCCAUUUUCUGGUAUAAUUUCAUAUCCGAUGGAGAUGAAAGUUACUUUAUGUAUCGCGUCACCAACAAAUCUGUGCUCGUGAGCAGCAUCUUUAAUCAAACGAAAUACUUGUGGGAGCGGUCCACGUGGAGCGAAGCAAGUCAAAGCUGGAGGCUCUUCCUAACGGUUCCGAAGGACUACUGUGACACCCAUGGCACUUGCGGUGCCUACAGCAAAUGCCUGACUAACCAGCUGCCCUAUUGUCAAUGCUUAAAAGGAUUCACACCUAAAAACCCGGAUGAAUGGAACUCCACUGAUUGGUCGCAAGGGCACCUUCGGAAUGAGUCUCUGAACUGCAGCACCAGUGAUGGAUUUAAAAAGUAUUCUAACGUGAAAUUGCCGGAUACUACUCUUUGUUUAGUGGAUAGUAUCUUGAGCCUUGAAGAUUGCAGGACCAAAUGCUUGAACAACUGGCAUGGAUUUUGCCAUUUUCACCUUCUCGGGUUACUGUUCAUGUAUCAUCUGCAAGCUGGUUCCCGAUUUCCUGUUCACCCGAUUUGUUCUCCAGCUGAUUCUGAGUGA